CACAACGUGACUUUUGUGCAAGAGGCUGGUUCGAACAUGUUGCGAUCAAUUUCAUCUCGAAAUUCGGGAGUCUUCCAGAGGCUGAUUCAGUCUGCACAUCAGCAGACUCGACUACGAUCUGGGCUGCCAUUCAACACAGUGAUUCUGUUUGUACCACAACAGGAGGCCUGGAUAGUCGAAAGAUUUGGAAAGUAUCACAGAGUGCUCAACCCUGGUUUGAAUUUCCUGAUUCCUGUAGUAGAUUCCAUUAAAUAUGUCCAAAGUUUAAAGGAAAUUGCCAUAGAUAUACCCCAUCAGGCUGCUAUUACAGUAGAUAAUGUGACAUUACAAAUUGAUGGUGUUCUGUACUUGAGAGUGAUUGACCCUUACAAGGCUAGUUAUGGUAUAGAAGAUGCAGAAUAUGCCAUAACCCAGCUGGCUCAGACAACCAUGAGGGCAGAGAUUGGGAAGAUAACCCUGGAUACAGUUUUCAGAGAAAGGGAGCUGCUAAAUGUCGCUAUUGUAGAUGCAAUAAACAAGGCCUCAGAAGCUUGGGGAAUAAAUUGUAUGCGAUAUGAAAUUAGGGAUAUAAAACUGCCUGGCAGAGUUCAGGAAGCCAUGCAGAUGCAAGUAGAAGCAGAAAGGAGAAAGAGGGCAGCCAUAUUGGAAUCUGAAGGUGUCCGAGAAGCAGAGAUCAAUGUAGCAGAGGGUAAAAAGAGAGCUCGUAUUUUACAGUCUGAGGCUUUUAAAUCAGAACAAAUCAACCAGGCUGCUGGUGAAGCCCAGGCCUUAGUGACAAAAGCACGGGCCAAAAAGCAGUCUCUAGAGGUUGUGGCCCAGGCUCUAUCUAAACAGCACGGACUAAAUGCGGUGUCCAUGAAUGUAGCAGAACAGUAUGUGUCAGCAUUUGGGAAUAUAGCCAAGGAGGGAAAUACAAUCCUGUUACCUUCCAACACAGGCGAUAUCUCAUCAAUGGUCUCACAAGCCUUGGCGAUUUAUAAAAACAUGGUGACUGAAACUGGUGAAGGAGGUGGCAUCAGUCAACCAGGGGCUACAACUCAUUUGGAAAACACACAAGAUGCAGAAGAAGUGCUAGCAGAGGAUGGGUUACCUGCCCCUGAUGGUUCAGGCGGUACAGAUCGUGUGGACUAUUAUGACGCAAACUAUCCGGAAAAACCAGACGGCAAGACGCCAUUAUGAGACUGUGUUAACAGUAGGAAUCCUCCUUUGGUUUUAUAAUCCUUAGUAUAAAUAAGAAGGGUGAAAGCUGUGGCUCCUAGGAGCAGAGAAAAGCUGAGGUCAGACAAUAUUCCUCUUCUGUCACCAAACACCUCUACACAUUUGAAUCCCCAUUCUGUUUGUGACGAAAGGCACAGACGUUUUGGUUGCUGCGGGGAAUCAAAAACAGCAGGAGUAUUACUGAACAUAAAAGUGGGCUAGUGAGUUAGCCUAACUGUUAUAAGCAGCAGCCAUGGAUCUUGCUGUCUACACAGCAUAAACAUGACAACUUUCACCCAAGUAUAGAGCUUUUGUUACCGGUUUACAAAUAUAUCUUUUGUUGUAUAAUUCAACAGGUCUCCCAGAUCAAUAAAGAGUGAGUGAUUGGGGUUUAACGUCGUCAGUAAAGAAUAAAUACAUACGUAUACAUACAUAGGUCAGAAGCAGCUAUUCUCAGACUGGUAAGAGACAAUGUCGAUUUUCAAACUUUACAAGUGACUGUGGUAGGCCUACAUGAACAUCAAAUUAACUAGGUUCUACUGGCUUCGGUCGAAAGUCAAUGAGCCCUGUGUUCUAGGAUCAAAUCCAGGUUUGGCUGGUUUGGCAGCAGGUGUGUGUCCGGAGAUUUGUCAUCUACCAAGCAGUUAGCUCGCCUGUAGGAAGUAAAGAGAGGCAUUGUGAGAGGGGGAUCAGAUGCUGUCGCUGAAGGUGAUGAUGUCGGGGUCCUUUUUGGUUAAAGACUUUGGCCAAUCAUAGCGUUGCAGUGGCCACCCAUAGUUUACAGGUAACCAAUCGCUGGUAGCAGUUUGUAUCGCAAGGAAGACUGUAUACCUCAUACAUGUAGCUCAUUAUUUCCCCCAGCCGUUCACAGGGUUGUGGUGUUACUUUUUUUUUUUCACUCCACAUUCCUCAACCAGUGUCAUUUAUGUGAAGCAUUCUAGUAUUCGUCUUGAAACACCAACCAUCCUAAAUACAUCGCUAUUCUGAAUUGACUUGUACAUCUACAUGUAGGUGUCUUAGCACAAUGACUGCAAAGUGAAUACUGAACAUUUAUAGAGUUUUUAUUACAGUUUUUAUUGUUUUGUGUCUCAGGAGAUUGACCUACCAAACCAAACUGGCAUGAGUCCACACUUGUCUGUGUACAGGCACAUGUAACAAAAGGUUCUUGAGGUGAUUCCAUGAUAGUGUGGUCAGUGACAAAUAUGGUCAGUUUUUUCGAAUCCAAUUCCAGUGAUUCGACAGCUUCCUUAAGUUAGUAUGAUUUUCCAACACAUGGCAUGUGGUGGUGGUUUGAGCCAUGUUAAACCAGUCCACGGCCUAUAGCGUGAACCAUAAUCUUAUAUGGCCUUUAAUACUGACAUACUGGGGUGCCCGCCGUGUUUCGUAGAAUGCUAUUCCUUCAAGCAAACCCUGGGUGAUCGACCUGAAUUCAGCCCAUUAAGUUCCACUGACAAAUGAGAUGGCACGUUUAAAACUGUUAAACUGGUUGCAUAAAAACUGGUUGCAUAAUUAAGAUCUGAUUUCACAUCGUGACUCUUCAAUGACGUUAUAGUGCAGACUUAUAACUCUGGCUUAUCAGACGCAAAUGUUCCAGACUGAUGGGCCAUCAUCAGAUGGGUUUUCUCAUGAUUCAAAUAUGUUCCACAAACGAGUGGACGUAAAAUAUUAAAGAAUUUAUUUGCAAAACAUGAGAAAUAUAAACAAAAUUUACAUACACAACUGACCACGCAAAACCUUAUAUAAGUGAAAGGUAGACAUUUUGAUUGUCAAUAAAUUGUGAAAAAUGUCAGAUUUGCUUCAAGUGUUUAUUAUUGUAUUUUUGUACGGGAUAGGUAUGAUUGACAUAGCCUAGCUCGUUUUAAGUAGAAGUUUAUACAGUUAUGAAAGAGAAAAUGUCCCGUGACAUACAUUUGUAUUUUGGUAUAGAAUAUAUAU